AUGCGCCAGCCCGGCCGCCCUCCUCCCCCCCCCGGCACAGGGACCCGCGCCACUCGCCGAGCGCCCGCCCCGCCGCAGACCCCGGCCCGCGCCGCCGCCGCUCCCGACAUGUCGGCCCCCGCUGCCGCGCCCCCCGCCGCUGGAGGAGAAGGGGGUGGCCCCCCACCACCCCCCCCCAACCUCACCAGCAACCGGAGGCUGCAGCAGACCCAAGCCCAGGUGGACGAGGUGGUUGACAUCAUGCGGGUGAACGUGGACAAGGUGCUGGAGCGGGACCAGAAGCUGUCGGAGCUGGACGACCGAGCCGACGCCCUGCAGGCCGGCGCCUCCCAGUUCGAGACCAGCGCCGCCAAGCUAAAGCGCAAGUACUGGUGGAAGAACCUCAAGAUGAUGAUUAUCCUGGGGGUGAUAUGCGCCAUCAUCUUGAUCAUUAUCAUUGUUUACUUCAGCACUUAAUGGACCCUUGGAAGCCAAAGCCCCCCCUCCCUCCCCCCAAAGGAGCUGCGGCCGGGAGAGGCGCGAGGGGCUGCGACCCCC